UUCUUUCCAUUGUUCUUCUUUGUGCUCUCUUUGUUCUCCUUCCCACCGCCACUGUUUUCAGCCAUUUUUCCUUUGGUUGUCACUGUUUCUCUUCUCCCCUCCCCUCAUCCCCUUCUUGGGCAUGAUUGGGUUCGUGAGGAACCCAGAGACGAUCUGGGUUCGUCAUGAACUCAGAAGGGUUUGUCACGAACCCAAAUGAUUUGGGUUUGCCUCUUUCAUCCUCUUUCAUUCAGUACUCCACAAUUAAAAGCAACAUAAAAUUUCAGAAGAAAUGCCACUGUUUCCUCCAUAAAUCUACUUUACCUUAUUUCUAUCCUCUGCGAAAAGCAUGUGUGAAUCACCAUGAAUGAGAGAGUUAGCAUACAUCUUCCUUCAAAAACAAGGAAUUAAUAAUGAACAUUGUGGGUUUGCGACAAAGAAUCAAACUGACAAUGAAUCACCAUGAAUCAAACUGGACUCUAACAUAAAUAUAUUCAACAAAAUUUACCUAAUCUAUGGCAAUAAAGAAAUGGGUUUGCGACGAACCCAGAGCAGACCUGGGUUCGCGAGGAACCCAGAGCAGACCUGGGUUCGCGACGAACCCAGAGCAGACCUGGGUUCGCGACGAACCCAGAGUAGAGCAGACUUGGGUUCGCAAUGAACCCAAAUCUGCUCUGGGUUCACGUCGAACCCAGAUCUGCUCUAGGUUCGCGUCGAACCCAGAGCAGAGCAGACUUGGGUUCGCGAUGAACCCAGUCAUGGCCGAGCUGAUGAGGGGGAAGGGGAGGAAAAAUGACUGGAAAUGGUGGCGGUGGCAAGAGGAACAGAGAAAGCACAAAGGAGAACCAUGGCAAGAAGAAUAAAUUAAUUGCAUUUUAGUAAUUUAAUAUUUAAAGAAUUGAAAAAGAUUAAAAAAAACAAUUAAGUCUGACUUGGCAUACUCCACGUAAGCUAAUUAUAUGAGUUGUCAUUGCCACAUCAUUAAAAAGUGCCAUUCUUG